GGUUCAACCACCACCAACUUUUUUUCCCUUGGCCAGCAAACGAUUUUAAUGUAACAAUGAAUUCAUUUAUCUUUUACCUAUUUGUACGUGUCCAUCCGCCUCUCUCUCUUUCUCUCCACAGUCCACACACUAAAUUUUAUGAGCAGCACUCUCACGUUAUUUCCACAACCCAUUUUGCAUCAAUUGUGAAAGAAAGAAAACUCAUUCUCCUCUCUGUUUGCUUUCCUUUUAUGGUUGUGUAGGAGUUGAAAACUUGCUAACAAAUUAGUAGCAUCAAUGGCAUUCUGAGUCAUAUCAGCUGAUGGAUGCCUUAACACAACCUUUGUAGAUCUCGAUCUCCACCUCCACCUCCACCUCCACCUCCACCUCCACCUCCACCUCCAACUCCACUCUCUCAAUUCUCCUUUCUCCUCUUAAAUCUACGAGCUUAGGUUUGGUGAUGGUUUUUUUAUGUGAAAUGGCUGUUAUGGACCAAACAAUAGUGGUUUUAACAUUGAUAGGCAGAGUUGUUAAUGAGGUGGUCAGCUUCAUUGUCUUCUCUGUCCUAGACCUCCUGGAUUUCCUCCUAUGCUAUACUUACAAAGUAAUUGAUUUCUUCGUCGAAGCAGAAUGGAAGCCUUGUUAUUGCUCAUCCGCGAAAGAAGCUAUCACCAGCAGUGGGAAGAUCUUGGUCUCUGAGCAAGGAGAGUCCAAGAUUGUCAGCCUCACUUCUAGUUAUAAGUUGCAACUUGAAGAGAUCUCAGACACUUUGUACACACGUCCAUCCUUGGCGUCCGAGGUCUCCAAAUCCACCGUUAACGAGCUCAAGCGACUAAAACUGGAGAGCACAAUGAUUCAAUCGUGUGAGAAGAUCAAAAAAGGGACAGUCCGAUCGACUUUCACAAUCAACUCUACCAUAGUCGAAAUGUUACAAGGAAAGAUCGGCGGUGGGCAGCGAUCACAUCCCAUUCCAAGAUGGUCCGAUUGUGAUUGUAAAACUUGCAACUCUUGGGCCUCUUGUUGCAAAGACACGUUAUUUGUUAAAACUGAUGGAGCUAAAGACAAUGUACAAGAAGAUGUGCUGUUCAUUCAUGGAUUCAUCUCAUCUUCUGCAUUUUGGACUGAAACAUUAUUUCCGAAAUUCUCAAAAUCUGCCAAAUCGAUUUACCGGUUAUUCGCGAUCGAUUUACUGGGGUUUGGAAGGAGUCCCAAACCUAAUGACUCACUCUACACCCUGAAAGAGCAUUUGGACAUGAUUGAAGGGUCUGUCCUGGAGCCAUACAAAGUGAAAUCCUUCCACAUCGUGGCACAUUCUUUGGGCUGCAUUUUGGCUCUCGCACUCGCCGUAAAACAUCCAGGCUCCGUCAAGUCCCUAACUUUACUUGCCCCCCCAUAUUUUCCAGUACCAAAGGGUGAACAAGCUACACAGUACGUGAUGAGGAGGGUAGCUCCAAGGCGCGUGUGGCCUCUGAUUGCUUUCGGUUCGUCGAUUGCUUGCUGGUAUGAGCAUGUUAGCCGGACGGUGUGUCUGCUCAUCUGCAAGAACCACCGUUUGUGGGAGUUUCUCACCAAACUUGUCACCAGAAACAGGAUGAGGACAUACUUGAUUGAAGGGUUCUGCUGCCAUACACACAACGCUGCUUGGCAUACCCUGCACAAUAUUAUUUGUGGGGCGGCUGGAAAAAUCGAAGGAUAUUUGGAUGUUGUUCAAGAUCGCCUCAAAUGUGAAGUCACCAUAUUUCACGGUAGAGACGAUGAACUUAUCCCAGUUGAAUGCAGCCACAAUGUACAAUCCAGAAUUCCUCGUGCCCGUGUUAAGGUGUUUGAGAAGAAAGAUCACAUCACCAUUGUUGUUGGAAGACAGAAGGCAUUCGCAAGGGAACUCGAACAAAUUUGGAAGAACUCAAAGUAAUUAAAUAAGAUGUAAGAUGUGCAGCCCCCCCUAAAUCACCAUAAAUUUCAAUCCAAUCAAGGAAUGAAUCGGACAAAACAUGUUUUAGUGUGAAAUCUUAGUUUUAGGCCCGUCCUGUGAAAUAUUUACUGGUUAUUGUUGAUUGUUAUAGUUUUAAUUUCAUAAGAGAAAGAUGAAAUCCUCAAGCGUAUUACAUAUAUCAUUUGAAAUAAUUUGUUACCGAUUAUGUCGGGUCUUCAUAUGUAAACAUUUCUUCUUCUGUUUUUCAAAUGCAUUUCCGUCACCUAUCGGAUUACAGAGGAG